AGAGAUCCGAUUCCUUAUCUUCUCGGCCUCAGUCGGCAGCCACCUCCGCCUCCGCCGCGUCGACCGCCGCUGAUCUUUCGCUUCCGAAGCUCACGACCACCAACCACUCCAUUCUCUCUAACAUCUCUCUCUCUCUCUCUCCUCUGUUCUGCUAUUAUAACUCAGGACAAGUUCCAUAAUAAGGAGAGAAGAAGAUUCAGCCACCAAGAUAAGAUGAAUUCCUCUCAACUUCUUCUGCUUCCCAAGCUUCCAUGGUCCCUCCCAACACCUAAUCUCACACGGAGAAUCCAUCUUCAAUAUCGAGCUUCCCCACGCCUGAGAGGAGUGUAUAUUGAUGGGGAUGAAGAUGAUAGAUAUGCAAAACUGGUUGGUGUGGCUGAUGAGCUUUUGUUGGAGCUCAACUCCUCCUCUAAAUCUCAAGGCUUUCUACCUACCCACGAUGACCAUUCGACCUUGUAUUCACUCAUGCUAUGUUUUGCUCAAAAUGGGCUAUUCCCACAAGCUGAAGCCAUAUGGGAUCAAUUGCUCAAUAGCUCUUUCCUGCCAGAAAUUCAAACCGUCUCCAAACUGUUUGAUGCUUUGUCCAACAGAGGACAUUUUCCUCAAAUUGCCCAAAUUCUUGCUCAGCUUAGCUCCAGAAACUUGGAUAUUUUACCCCAGGUAUACUGCCUGGCUAUCUCUUGCUUUGGGAAUGGAGGCCAGCUCGAGUUGAUGGAGAAUGCAAUCAGGGAGAUGGUGUCAAAGGGUAUGCGGGUUGAUGCUGCCACUGCCAAUGCCUAUGUCAGAUACUAUAGCCUUUAUGGCUCUCUGACAGAAAUGGAGGCUGCCUAUAACCGCUUAAAGAGGUCUAGAUAUUCGAUUGACAAGGAUGGAAUUAGAGCAGUGGCACUUGCCUAUUUGAAGCAGAAAAAGCUUUACAGGCUCAGUGAGUUUUUGAGGGAGGUGGGUCUUGGCAGAAAGGAUGUUGGAAAUCUCUUGUGGAAUCUUCUUCUGUUGUCGUAUGCAGCCAACUUCAAGAUGAAAACCCUCCAAAGAGAAUUCCUGAGGAUGAUAGAAUCCGGGUUUAGACCGGACAUCACUACCUUCAAUGUUCGGGCCAUAGCAUUUUCAAGGAUGACUAUGUUGUGGGAUCUUCAUCUUAGCAUCCAACAUAUGAAGCAUGAGAUGGUUGUUCCGGACAUAGUAACUUAUGGAUGUGUUGUGGAUGCUUACUUGGAGAGAAGACUAGGAAGGAAUUUAGACUUUGUUCUUAGCUCAAUGAACAUGAACGAUUCUCCAAAAGUACUAACCGAUCCUUUGGUGUUUGAAGUUUUGGGUAAAGGGGAUUUCCAAUUGAAUUCAGAGGCCUUUUUAGAGUUCACAAAGCAUAAUAACUGGACUUACAGGAAGCUGGUUACAAUUUAUAAGAAAAAACAAUACCGAAAGAACCAGAUCUUUUGGAACUAUUAAUUUGUGGCCUGCUGCUGUUCUUAUGCUAAAACCUCUACCUCUCUCUACCUGACCAAUUGUGAAUUGUUGACAAGAUACGCUGUGGGUUGGUUUAGACUAAUGUCCUAGUGUUAAAUUUUCAAAAACCGAAACAACAGUUUCGUUGGGUAUGAGUCAACUGCUAGGGAAGGGCAUAAUAGGGUCUCAAUCUGAGAGGUUGAACAUGUUGCAGCUCCAUAUUCUAUCUGCCCCCUCCAUUCUACAGUUCAAAGCGUCCAAAGCAACCAGGAAUGUCGGAUGAUGAAUUUUCUGACUUAGACAACCUAUUUAAGAUACCAAUGCCUUAGCUUGGUGAUGAUCUUGGCAUGAGGUCAACCAGGUUUUUCCAUGCUUAAGCUUAGUCCAGUGGAUGAACAUUACUCGCUGUUCAGGUUAUGACGAGCUUAAAUAAGAUCAUGCUCAUAGAUUCAUAGAUUGGUAUUGAAGGACAGUUCUGAGAAAUGGUAGGCUGGAAACUAGUGUAUGUGGUUCUUGGAAAGGAUGUUCUACUGGUUGGAGAUGACACAUGGCCAGGUGGAAUGAAUGGAAAGGGAAGGCUCUGAAUCUGAAGAUCAAAGUGUUCUUAUUCUCUUGUUAUUGAUGUAACACCAAUUAAGUUGAUGGCACUCAUUUUCCUUUGUCCAAAUUCUGGUUUUGAAUCAAUGUUCGAUUUUGCAAUAACAGGGCACCUUCUGAUUCCCACUCUAAAUGGUAGGAAUCGAAAACCAACUCUCCUUCCUGCCCCGACGUCAGCCGUUCUGGUCAGAACUCCUCUGUUUUCUUCAACCAUGCAGAGUUAUUGGUCAGCAACCAAGCAUUGACCACAACCUUGGAUUCUCAUGGAAUGGUGUAAACUCCUAGCUCUUGCUUCAUUCAGAUUCAUAUGGGGUACCAAAAGAGGUACUGGACUCAUAUCCCAAACACACCUAAUAUUUAAAUCUUUAUUCUCUUCAAUUCA